AUCAAAAAUUUUCUUGUGGCAACCCUGGAGUGUCCUUGUAAAAGAUUUUUAGAUUAUUUAAAAUUUGCUGAGUUUAAUUCCAAGAAAAAAAACAUAUCUCGUAAUAAAAGUGCAUGAAUAAUAUGUGCUAGUAUAAAUACGUGAGAUAAGUGAUUACUCGAGGCAUUUUAAGUGGUAAUUAUAUUCAAGGACGAUCUCAUUACGCUUUUGAGGUUACAUUAUUUUUUUUGUUUUGAUCAUUUUUAAAUUCGUAUUUUCAGAGAAAACCGAUAAUAUUCUAGGAAAAAUGGGUUCCAAUGGAUUAAUAGAAGGCAAAAAAGUGAUUUUCAGUACUGGAAAUAUUAUGUCAAUUAGUGAUAUUACCAAGAAACCUAGUCAAAAUUCUACACAAGAGCUAAUAGAUGCCAUCAAAUUUACCUUGAAGGACUAUGAAAAAAAUUCAGAACUUUCAGAAGCGCCCAAUGAUACAAGAUUUAUAUUGAGGUCUGAUGAUAUACAGGCUAAAAUACAAGAAAAUGAUUUGGAAGAUUUAAAGAUUGGAUUGAAAGUGUUUUUGACUAAUGACAGUGAGGAGUUACUUGAUGAAGCAUUAAAAACCGCGCUAUCUUGGCAAUUAAAAGUUAAAAAGGUCACAGAUGUUAUUGUCUCCUUUAAAAAACAGGAGCUCGAACAAAAGGCUGAUAAUUUAGAGGAAAUUAAGAAAAUCUGGUUGGUAUUGGAGAAUUAUGUUCAAAAUGGUAUUGUUGAUGAAUUGGGAGUAGCUGACAUAGAAGAACCCACAUUUAGAGCAUUGUAUGAUUGGGCAAAAAUCAAGCCUAAUAUUAUCCAAAUCAACUUAGCGACUUGCUGUGUAGUUCCCCCAACAUUACAAUCAUUUUGCAAAGAAAAAGACAUCAAAUUGUUCACACACAGUGAUUCUAGUGAUAUUCUACCAGAUGAAUCAGUCAAAGAAGUUUUUGGUGCUCCUUUAGACCUACAAUGGGCAGUACGCUUUACAAUCCAUAUUAAAUGUCGAGGAGUGCUAACAACUAAAGGCUACUGUCUUUGUAUGAGUCCAAAGGACUAAAUAAUAUUGCUUUUUUUUAUAUGUAUAUUUAAGGAUUAUGAAAGAGCUUUUAGCUGUUUAUAAUGGAGUUUGAAAUAACCCAAAACUUUUUUAAUUUUUUCUGUUGAGCAAAUGAAUGUUUUUAUGAAAUUUGAAGAUUUUUAUAUCAGGGUAUUGGUAGAAGUAGUGGCAAUUAUAAUAUAUGUACACGGAAGUAGAUACACGUUCAAUCAGUAUUGUUAACAGUAUCAUAGUGCCUUUGUUUAUUAGUAAUUACAUUCCUUCUUUGAUAAAUUUGUUUUAACAUAAGAUAGAACGUCACUAUAUGAAUAAUGAAUAUAUAAUUUAGAAUAUUAAA